UUUGACAGACAAGAGGAGGGCAGAGGAUCUCUAUAAAGACUUUCUGCUGCUUUCACUCUAAACAACGAAGGCUCUCUUUCUCUCUCUCUCUCUCUCUCGCUCUCUCUCUCUCUCUCUUUCUCUUUCUCUUUCUCUCUCUCCCUCUCUCUCUCUCUCAUGCAAAGAAGACGAUGGAGCUUGGUUUAAGCUUAGGAGAUGCUUCAAAGCCAUUUGGGUUCAUGGAAAAAUCCAGUGAUGUCCCUAACAGAGGCAGCUUAAGUUUUUGCAUGGCCUUAUCCAUUGGUCCAAAUCAACACCAAGAACAAGAACACAGCAAUGAUAAUUCUAAAGAUACAGCAUCAACCAAAAUCAAUACACCAACUCAUCAUCAUCAUCUCUCCCCGGUAGAUCUACCUUUAAUCCAGCUUGAUCUUCUACCUAACACUCCUGUCCCUCGCAGCAACCACCACCAUGCCCUUUCUUGGCCCUCUUCUGAUAAUAAUAACGGGAACUUGGCCAGAGGGCUAGAUGUGAAUAGGCUACCGGCUGUUGGGGAGGCUGAGGAUGGGGCUGCACUUUCAUCUUCGCCGCCCAACAGUGCUGCCUCAUCUUUUCAGAUGGACUUCUGCAUAUACAGUAAAAGUGGAAAUCAUGAAGCUGAGGUUGAGAGAGCUUCUUCUAGAGCCAGUGAUGAGGAUGAGAACGGUAGUACCAGGAAGAAACUCAGGCUCUCCAAGGAACAGUCUGCUUUUCUAGAAGAAAGCUUCAAAGAACACAGUACUCUCAAUCCUAAACAAAAGCUUGCACUCGCAAAGCAGCUUAAUCUCCGUCCACGCCAAGUAGAAGUCUGGUUUCAGAACAGAAGAGCAAGGACCAAGUUGAAGCAAACGGAGGUGGAUUGUGAGUACUUGAAGAGGUGUUGCGAGGCUUUAACAGAAGAGAAUAGAAGACUAAACAAGGAGCUUCAAGAAUUGAGAGCCUUAAAGACUUCAAAUCCGUUCUACAUGCAACUACCUGCCACCACUCUAACCAUGUGCCCUUCUUGUGAGCGAGUUGCCACCACCUCCACAGCUACCGCGACAACCACCACCACCACCACCACCACCACAGCUACUCCAAGCACCAUGAUGAAGGCCACCAGUACCACCUACAAAGAUAACAAUAAUAACAGUGAACCCACAUCUAAAGCCACAGCCACAGGGUUGUCCCUGGUAACGGCAAGGCCACGGUUCUAUCCAUUUUCUGAUCAGACACAAGCCCAUGGCCAUCAGCCCACAUCGUCAUGAAAUUAGAAAGAGAAAAUUAAAGGUUUUUAAGAUCUGUACAUAUGUAUGCAAAGUUUUUGGGGGAGAAUCUUGAUAUAGGUAAAUUAAUUCUGUUGAUUGAUUUGAUGGGGUUAAUUACUUACUGGGAUCUUGAUUUUGGAGGGGAAUUCUUAAUUUAAGUUGGUUUAUGUGUUCUGGUUUAAUCUUGUGAUAUGGUAUAGAAUUUAUCAGAGAAAUACAGUAGUUAGGAGAACAAUUAAAGGAUCAUUGUGCUAUCUAUGUUGUUGUAUUAUCAAAUAUUUUCUUUCCUUAA